AUGUGGGACCCUUCACCCCCUGAACUCGGGUGUCCCUCGCCCCUCGUAGGAGCCUCUGACCGGAGCCGUGGCCGGAGCCCGGCGUGGAGCGGGCGGCCGGCGCCGUUCCGCACCUGGGACUCGGGGCUCUACCUGCCCUGGCGCGAGGGCACCCGCGACUGCUGGAGAGGCGGUGAUGUCACCUUCGAUAUCAGCAAUGAUGCUCCCACCAUGACGGGUGCCCAGGCCACGUUCUCCAUCGCCCUGCGCUUCCCGGGCAACCAGACCGUGCUGCCCGAUGGCCGCGUGGUGUGGGGCCAGAACUGCACCGUCAAUGGCACGCGGGUGGCACAAGGGGACCCGGUGUUCCCAGAGCAGCCGGAUGCCACGGGAGCCUUUCCCGACGGACAGCCCAUGCCCAGGGGCAAGCGGGGCAAGUUCGUCUACGUCUGGUGGACAUGGGGGCGCUACUGGCAGGUGGUGGACGGGGCGGCAUCGCAGCUCACGGUGGGCACGGCCGGGGUGCCCCUGGGCUCCUACACCAUGGAGGUGGUCGUGUACCACUACCGGGGCCGCCAGAAGUUCAUCCCCAUCGGCCACGCCAGCACCCAGUUCAGCAUCACCGACCAGGUCCCGUUCGCCGUGGACGUGUCGCAGCUGCAGGACGCGGUGACAAGCGACGGGCGCUUCGUGCGGAACCGCGCGGUGGCGUUCACGGUGCGGCUGCACGACCCGAGCCGAUACCUGCGCGACGCCGACGUGUCCUACUCGUGGGACUUCGGCGACCAGAGCGGGACCCUCAUCUCCCGCAGUGCCACUGUCACCCACACCUACCUGGACACCGGCACCUUCUCGGCCCGCCUGGUGCUCCAGGCCGCCAUCCCCCUCAGCCCCUGCGGCCCCACAACCGCGCCCUCCCCCUCCGCGGGUCCCACGGGCACCCAGCCCGCGGCCACCACCCCCGCCGAGGCGCAGAGCACGGUGCCGGUGGCCAGCACGGCCCCCGCAGCCUCCGGGGAGCCCGCGGAGCCCACGGGGGGGUCGGCGGUGGAACCCUCGGAUCCCGCUGUCACCGAGCCCUCUGUCCCCGUUGUCACCGAUCCCUCUGUCACCGCCGCCAUCGACCCCUCUGUCCCCGCUGUCACCGAACUCUCGGUCCCCUCCGCCACCGACCCCGCCCUCGCUGCCAGCACCGCGGCUCGUUUCCCGUGUGUCCCUGCAGAUGUGGCGACAGACGGAGGCGCGGGUGAUGUCACAGCUGGAGCCACCGCUGGAUUAGCCACAGCUGGAUCAGCCACAGCCGGAUCAGCCACAGCUGGAUCAUCCACAGCCGGAUCAGCCACAGCCGGAUCAGCCACAGCCGGAUCUGCCAUCGAUGCCACUGCUGCAGCCACGCUCGGUGUCACGGUGGAUGCCACCAUAGGAGCCACCGUGGGAGCCACUGCCGUGUCCCUGGCUGCUUCCACAGCCGGAGCCACAGCCGGAGCCACAGCCGGAGCCACAGCCGGAGCCACAGCCGGAGCCACAGCCCAGCCGCUGGCCCUGGUCAAGCGCCAGGCCCCGGCCGAGGACUCGCCCGGCUGUGUCCUGUACCGCUACGGCACCUUCGCCACGCAGCUGGACAUCGUCCAGGGCAUCGAGAGCGUGGCCAUCGUGCAGGUGGUGCCCGAGGGCGGCGGCAGCAGCGUGGAGCUGACGGUGACGUGCGAGGGCGGGUUGCCCGAGGAGGUGUGCACGGUCGUGGCGGACGCCGAGUGUCGCACGGCGGAGGCGGAGUCGUGCUCGGCGGUGUCGCCGUCGCCGGGCUGCGAGCUCGUGCUGCGCCAGGACUUCAACCGCUCCGGGCUCUUCUGCCUCAACGUGUCCCUGGCCAAUGGCAACGGGCUGGCCGUGGCCACCACCCGCGUGGCUGUCGGAGGGGCCGCUCCGGCCGCCGGCCGGACCACGCUGUUCGUGGGACUCGUGCUGGUGGCGGCCGCCCUGGGCACGGCCGCGUACACCUACAGACGAGUCAAGUACACAGCGCUGUCCCCAGCGCCCCCCACGCCCCCCGCCCGGCCCCGGGGGUGGCUGUCCCCAAAUGUCACCGUGCGGCGGUUGCUGCAGCGUGCCCUGGGGGGGGCCCCGAGCGGCGAGAGCAGCCCCCUCCUCCGGGGUCACUCCGUCUAG